AUGAAUGCCAUGUCGAUGAUUACCCAUGUGCUUGACCGCUGCUUUUUGCACCACUACUACGGAUCUAAUCCGUACAAGAUGUAUACGUCGCUAAAUGGAUCCCAAUUACAUGUACCUGCUUCCCUCGUCCUGGCAGGAACUUUCGUGGUGCGGUGCCAAACUCCCAACAGCCCCGACCUGAACGUUCUCGACCUGGGGUACUUUGCCUCGAUCCAGUCUCUGCAAAACAACGUGUCGGAGCUGGCAUCACAACUUCAGGCGUUGCCGUGGGGGUACAAGCGGCAAAGGGCCACCGUCGACGUCGAAGGCGACUUGGUCGUGGUACUAGGUGCAUCCAUGGCAGUCGCAGCAGCCGCUGACGUGGAACACUAA